AUGGACCUUUCUUGCCACGAAGGAGAGAUCCCGCUCCCGUUAAGCAGCAGCAGUACAUAUGUCGGCGGCCAUGGCCACGGGCACACCAUCAUUCACGACCCUCCGCCCCUCCACCACCCAACCAACGGCCCAUCUCUACCACCGCCCGCCGCCACCAACACGUCGGAGGACCACAACAGCGCCACCGGAAACAGCAGGAAGGGAGUAGUGGCGGUGAAGUACAGGGAAUGCCUGAAGAACCACGCCGCCUCCAUCGGCGGCAAUGCCCUCGACGGCUGCGGGGAGUUCAUGCCGAGCGGCGAGGAAGGUACCCUGGAAGCCCUCAAGUGCGCCGCCUGCGGCUGCCACCGGAACUUCCACCGGAAGGAAGCGGAGGGGGAGGCGGCGGUCUCCUACGACAUCUACCCAUACUACCACCACCUAAAGGGGAGGAGGAUCAUCGGCCAGAAGGGAGUCCUCAUCUCUGGCGCUGAGGCUUACGGCUACACCCCCGCCGGCAACAGCCUCAUCCCCCGGCCAUCCCCCCAUCAUAUGAUCAUGCCUCUGGGUGCCAUACAGACCUCGGAGUCGGAGGAGAUGGAGGGUGGCGUCGGCGGUGGCUUCUCGAGGGCGCCAGUGAAGAAGAGGUUCCGGACCAAGUUCACGCCGGAGCAGAAGGAGAAGAUGCUGGACUUUGCGGAGAAGGUGGGGUGGCGGCUCCAGAAGCAGGAGGAGAGCAUGGUGCAGCAGUUUUGCCAGGAGGUUGGGGUGAAGAGGAGGGUGCUCAAGGUCUGGAUGCACAACAAUAAGCACAACCUGGCCAAGAAGAUCCCCCUCCAACUCGAGUGA